AUGAGUAGAGGUACAAAUCUCUUUGUAGCAUUUUCUAUAUCUGGAAUAGUCUGGAUAGUUACUCUAUUCUUAUCAACUGGAUAUGUGAAUGAAGUUGCCAAAUCCAUGCCAACAUAUGCUUUGAUUUUAUAUUUCUCUUAUGCACUUUUUAAGGUCGGAGGCGAUUUGGCACGUUUAAAGGAUUAUCCUGAAGAGGCUUAAUCGUUAUAAAAGGAGGUUGAGGAGGCAAAACGCUUCUAUAAGGAGAAGGGAUUAAAAUUGUGA